AUGUUUCGAUGGCUGCGUUAUUUGAAAUAUUCUCGCAGAAUGUGCUCUGUUGUUAUUGCUAGUGCUGCAACAACUAGCAUAAUAGUACCAGUAGCAUGCAAGGCAAAUGAAAGUAAAGCUUUUGAGAAGAACAUUGAGCUCGACCAAAAAUUGAAUAAGUAUGAAAUGAAGUUCUUACAGUUUGCUUCUGUAGAAUAUGAUGGUAUUGUGUACAUGACACCUGCAGAUUUUUUGGAUUCGAUGGUACUCGAUAUGCCUAAAGGACACGUCUAUCGUAGAGUGUUGUCGGAAGAUUCGUUAAAUAAAGCUUUGUCUCGCACUCCAAAAUUCUCAAUAGAUAAUAAAUCGUUAUUUAGAGAACUUGACCGACACGGCAUUAUUUCGUAUUCUGAUUUCUUAUUUCUUUUGGCUAUCCUUACUAAAUCUGAUCGUGCUUUACGAAUAGCAUUUAUAUUAUUUGAUAGGGAUGACAAUAAAAAAAUCGAAAAGGAUGAAUUCUUAUUGAAAAAUUCAGAUGACACUAAUCUGGUAGACACUACAUUGAUUCGACUUUUUUUUGGCUGUCAAGGAAAUGAGUUACGUUCAUUUGAAGAAAUUAACAAAUUUCGUGAUAAUCUUCGAAAUGAAAUCGCCGAACUGGAAUUUAAUGAGUUUUCACAUGGAAGAUCUGAAAUUACUCCUUUGGAUUUUGCUCGUUUAAUACUUCGAUACUCUUCAAUUCGAAAAUCAGAAUAUGAGAAAUAUAUAGAGCGAAUGAGAGAGAAGUCAUCUGUUAAUGAUCAGGGUAUCACUUUCUCAGAAUACGAAUCAUUUUCGCAAUUUUUAAAUGACUUAAAAAAGUUUACCGCCGCAGUCCGUCUCUAUGCUCGAGCUGGUAUACCUAUGUCACAGUCAGAAUUCCAUCGAGCUGUUCAUGCUUCAACUGGACAUAUUUUAGACAAAAAAAUCGUUAAUCUGUUGUUCCGUUUGUUUGACACCAAUAAUGACAACUGUCUUUCAUACACAGAAUUUAUUGCUGUCAUGAAUGACCGUUUGCAUCGGGGGUUUCAGGUGUGCAUGUCAAAAUUUGGAAAAGAAGCAUUCAAGCAAUGCAUCAGGAAAGAACUUGCUAGCUUUUGA